UAAAUGAUGAAAGUUGAAAAGCAAUGGAUGGCUUGUUUUGUUUUUAUGAUGAUGAGUAGUAUUAUAUAAUAAUUUAUGGGAGCAGAAAGACAAGACAAAACAAGAGAGAAUGAGUGGCGGAGGAGGAGGAGAAGAGGAAGCAACUCUGGAGUUCACUCCGACGUGGGUUGUGGCCGCCGUUUGCACAGUCAUCGUCGCCAUAUCUCUCGCUGCUGAGCGCCUCCUUCAUUAUGGCGGAAAGUUUCUCAAAGCCAAGGACCAGAAGCCGCUCUACGAAGCUCUCCAGAAGAUCAAAGAAGAGCUGAUGCUUCUGGGCUUCAUUUCCCUGCUUCUCACGGUUACACAAAACGGCAUUACCAAAAUCUGCGUUCGUCCCAGUUUGACGCGCCACAUGCUCCCUUGUAAUCUCGACGCCGGUGAACACUCCACGCCUGAGUCCGAGUCCGCCACUAAAAUUGGUUACUGCGUCCGCAAGAACAAGGUACCUUUAUUAUCUUUGGAAGCACUUCACCAUCUUCACAUCUUCAUUUUUGUCCUCGCUGUCGUACACGUCUCCUUUUCCUUACUCACCGUUGUCUUCGGAGGCGCCAGAAUACGUCAGUGGAAACACUGGGAAGAUUCAAUUGCUAAACAGAACUACGAAACUGGCCGAGUUCUCAAACCAAAGGUCACUCAGGUACACCAGCAUGAUUUUAUCAGGGGUCGUUUUGCCGGUUUUGACAAAGACUCUGCUAUUGUCGGUUGGUUGCUAUCCUUUUUAAAGCAGUUUUAUGGAUCUGUGACAAAAUCAGAUUAUGUGACAUUGCGACAUGGGUUCAUUAUGACCCACUGCAGGACAAAUCCAAAGUUUAAUUUUCACAAGUACAUGAUUCGUGCCCUCGAAGAUGAUUUCAAGCAAGUUGUUGGUAUAAGUUGGUAUCUUUGGCUCUUUGUGGUUAUCUUCUUGUUGCUUAACAUCAAUGGUUGGCAUACGUAUUUCUGGAUUGCUUUUAUUCCCGUCGUUCUUUUACUUGCUGUGGGCACUAAGCUGGGGCACGUAAUAACCCAACUAGCUCAAGAAGUAGCUGAAAAGCAUGCAGCCAUAGAAGGUGAUUUAGUUGUGCAGCCAUCAGAUGAACAUUUUUGGUUUCAUCGGCCCCAUGUUGUCCUCUUUUUGAUUCACUUUAUCCUUUUCCAAAAUGCCUUUGAGAUAGCAUUUUUUUUCUGGAUAUGGGUCACAUAUGGAUUUGACUCCUGUAUAAUGGGACAAGUUCGAUACAUUGUUCCAAGGCUUGUUAUUGGGGUAUUUAUUCAGGUACUAUGUAGCUACAGCACCCUGCCACUGUAUGCAAUUGUUACGCAGAUGGGAACUCACUAUAAGAGGGCAAUAUUUAAUGAGCAUUUGCAACAAAACAUUGUUGGUUGGGCACAGAAGGCGAAGAAGAGGAAAGGACUAAAAGCUGAUGGCAAUCCUGGCCAAGGAAGUUCUCAGGAGAGUGCUAAUACAGGAAUCCAGCUUGGGUCAAUUUUCAAGAAGGCAUCUGCUCCAGGAGGCAGUUCUUCUGCCACCAAAGCUGAUGGGACCAACUCAGUGUAGCCUAUAGAAGUGAAGAUUUACAGUCUUAUUUUGUAAAGUUGCUCACAAAUUGCAGUUUUCUUUAUAUUAUUUUGUUUGCUAACAGUGUAGCAUUGUGGGACAUGUGUUUGACUUGGUGUAGGCGUAAGGUCGAAGUUCUAUAUGAGUAGAUGCUAGUAAUGCCAUUGGCAUUUCUAACUUCUAAGAUUCGUCAUCACCUCCUUACUACACUCGUCCUCCCUCAGGUUUUUGCCUCUGAUACUUCCGUAGACAGGCUGACACUGCCUUUCUCUCUAACUUGAGUUCCUGUUAAAAUUAUGUGUCUUUUAUUUAAUGUAAAGUUAAGCUACUUUAGGUUGAUAAAGUUCAAGACAAACUUGGUAGA